AAUGCAACGGCAACAACAGCAACGUCGAAUGUUCACAGCUGCCCUCCUGGUACUUGUUUUCAUUCUGGCAGCUGUGAGUACCACCGAGGCUGGCAAAAAAGAGAAACCAGAGAAAAAGGCGAAGAAGUCUGACUGUGGAGAAUGGCAGUGGAGCGUCUGUGUGCCCACCAGUGGUGACUGUGGCCUGGGGACGCGUGAGGGCACUCGCACUGGAGCUGAGUGCAAGCAAACCACCAAGACUCAGAAGUGUAAGAUUCCCUGCAACUGGAAGAAGCAAUUUGGAGCGGAGUGCAAAUACCAGUUCCAGGCCUGGGGGGAAUGUGACUUGAAUACUGCCUUGAAGACUCGAACCGGGAACCUAAAGAGAGCCCUUCAUAAUGCCGACUGCCAGAAGACUGUCACAAUCUCAAAGCCCUGUGGGAAGCUCACCAAACCCAAACCUCAAGAAUCCAAGAAGAAGAAAAAGGAAGGCAAGAAACAAGAGAAGAUGCUGGAUUAAUGGAGCCAACUUGGGCAAUGUGAGAAAGGGACAUCAGCAAACACGAUCAGUUAACAGUUUCAUUUAUACCUAGGCAUUUUAUCCUAAAAUUAUUUAUAGCUUAAUGGUACCAUAGAAGGAAACAAGCAAACACAGAAAAAAAAUCCUUUUUUUAUUACUUUAGUAUUUUUAAUGUAUAACCCUAACCAUAAUUUUUAGAGGCCUGUAAUAAAGGACUCCAAACUCAUUUAGAAAAUUAUGUCUAUUGUAUAUUGAACAAUGUAGAGGUUUUUAAAAUAUUUUUUUCUCAAGUCUUGCCAUAGGUCUCAAUCUGGUAAUUACUCCAUGCAAGCAGAACCUGAACCUGUGUGGAGCUCCGCUGAAGCCAGUGGUGCCCUAUGUUAACAUAGGAGUUUAGCUGGAUGCAAUUAUAUUUAAGAUUGGGACCUUGUAUCUGAAAAAAACCCAGACUUGUUUCUUAAGUUCUUAUUACAUCUGGAUAAUUAUAUGAAAUUAUUUGUUUAAGGAAAGGAUGGGGGCAUUUUGUUGUGUAUUUACAGGCAUAAAAUCUUUUUUGAUGCAUGGUGGAUGUUCAUUGCAAAAUGCCACCAUCUCCGGGUAAAAACCAGUAGCACUUCUGUCCUUGGCCAUAUUUUGAAUGUUGGCAGUAAAAAUUCUUAAGUCUUUCAACAGUUGGACAUAGAAGAGUCCUAAUUUUUCAUUGUUUUCUAGCAGUGAUUUUU